AUGAUGCAGACGACGACGCGGUCGUGGGAGGACCUGCGCAGCAGCGCGCGCGCCGCGGAGCGCACGCUCGAGGACAAGAUCGCGGCGUACACGGCCAUCAGCAGAGCGCAGGUGCGCAGCUCCGCGGCGGCGUACGACGAAGAGAACCCGCCCGAGGAGACUGUGGACGAGAGGGAGCUCGCAGUGGAUAUUGAGAAUGUGCUGGCGUCGCUGUCGGACACUAUUGAUGAGAUGAAUGUGGUGGUGAACAAGACGUCGGUGAAGACGCAGGAUGCUAUGCUGCAGCGCUACCGUGAGCUGUAUUUCGACUUCAACACAGAGUUCCGUCGCUCAAUGAGCGCAUUGCAGGAGAAGCGUGACGCGCAGAAGCUGUUUGGCAACAGAGGACACAACGGCCACUCGGACGACGCUGAGAUGGAUUCGUUGCUGAACGAGCGCCGCGCCGUCGACUCGUCUCGCUCCAUGACGGGCAGCAUUAUCGAGCAAGCGAUGGCGACCAAGAACGCGCUGGAGAACCAGCGCCGGCAGUUCACGUCCUCUCACGGCAAGGUGGCGACGCUGGGCAGCUCGUUCGCCGGCAUCAACACGCUCGUGGAGCAGAUCCGCCGCAAGAAGAUGCGCAACAACACCAUUCUCGCGCUGGUGAUCGCCGGCUGCAUCUGCUUCACGCUCUGCAUGGGCGACCGCGGAGGAAUCUCGCUGCUGGUGCGCAACAUCAGCCGCCGCCUGAGACCCGAGGACAUCCGCAAGGAGUUCGAGCGCUACGGCGAGGUGCGCGACGUGUACAUCCCCAAGGACUACUACACCAAGGAGCCCAAGGGCUUUGCGUUCGUCGAGUUCCGCAGCGAGCGGGAAGCCGACGACGCCCGCCGCAACUUGGACGGAGUGCGCAUUGAUGGCCGCGACAUCCGCGUGGUGUUCGCCCAGGAGCGUCGCAAAUCGACGGACCAAAUGCGCGAGCGCGAAAGGACGGAGAGACGUGGAGGAGGCCGUCGCUCACGCUCGAGAUCGCCUCGCCGCCGUGCGCCGCGUGGCCGAUCUCGUUCUCGCUCUCGUGACCGUCGGGCCCCGGCUCGUCGCUCGUCGCGCUCGCGCUCUCCUGUGAAGGGCCGAUCCCGCUCUCGUUCGCGCUCGGGCUCGCGCGGCCGUUCGCCUCCGCGUCGGUCGGGCUCCCCGGCACCGCGCUCGCGUUCGCCGUCGCCUCGCAGGUCGGCAUCCCCCCGCGCUGCGGCGUCUCCUCGUCGCCCUGCGUCUCCUCGCCGAUCGGCAUCGCCCGCUGCUCGGUCGCCUUCGCCGCGCCGCACGAAGGACCGCUCGUACUCGCCGUCGCCUCGACGAGAUGAAGGCCGCCGCUCGCCUUCCGGUUCCCCGCGUCGGGAUUAGGCUGAUGCGGUCGCAUAAUGGAUUGGUGUCGGCGGAUAGCUAGCUGCGCUCAAACCCCUGUCUCAAAUCAAGUAUCGCCGACGGACCAAGCGAGCGACAUGGCCAACUACGUGGAAAACUGCACGACAUCUCGCGUUGAUCUCAUCCAUCCUGUCUGCUUCCCACUCGCGUGCGAUUGUUUGCUGGUGCGUGUCCGUCUACCCGAAUGGUAUACAGGCGCUCAGAGCAGAAGAAGUCUGAAGAUGGGGAAGACUCAAGCAAAGAUACAAAACGCAAAUAAAAACAAAGAAGACUGGGUACUACAACUACUUGUCCAAGAGGAAGGAAAGAAGAGGAAGAGUGUAAAGCAAGCUGCGACCCCAGCCAGAUGAGC